AUGGGCUCCCCCGUCAAUGUCAGCUACGUCACGUCCAAUUUGCUAGGGUAUGCAGAAAGCUUACCCACACAGAGUAUCAGACUACCGUUGAAAUAUCCGCUGGCCGCAAACGAUGCAUCGCGUAGUUCCAACGCCAACGAGCAGUUUAUCCAACACAUUGCAACUUCGAACCAAUUCGUCAGUUUCGGAGACUCGGCGUUGGUCCAUUCUGUGUCGUGCUCUAUAUUGAACGACUUGAAAACUGUGGUCCUCACCCCGGUUGAAUACAAGGCCAACAGUCUCGGGUUGAAAUUCCAAAACUUGCAACUCGAGCUCCCACACCAGCUAUACUCGUCCAAAUGCUUGAGUGUUUAUGCCAACGAUGAUCAGAUUUUUUUGGACAUUAUCGAUUCCAAUUCCUUGUUGAUCAGCUUGCAGUUGCCAAUAGAAAGUUUCAUCGAGAAUAGAACACUAAGAUUGAGUGAUUUCGAACGAUGGGGGAAAAUCUCGGUGCCGUACUCGUUUGAAAUGAGGUCAUUUCCCUUUUGUAUCAAGACAAUCUCCGAGUGUGACUUGAUGGUUGCUUUAAAAGAUGGAGGCCUACUUCAUUUCCAAAGAGAAACACAGCUUGCGGACGUCACCGUAAUCACAUUUUCAGAACCAGUAUCUUUUAUUGGUGGACUAUUCUUUGGCGGUAGGAAAGAUUUCGAGGUGAAUGGCAUUUCACUGAACGCCAUAGUAGACCUGCUCAAAGUUGGCGAUAGGUUAGUGACCUUGUCAGUUAGCAAGGAAUUGAAGCUUUGGGACUUGUCAAAGCACCUACUAAUAACGUCUGCCUCGCUAUAUCAAAAGCAACGGCACGACAUCUGGCUCACUGGAGCACCUACAACUUAUCUUCGCGUGCUUGAAGUGGAUGGCGCCAGCAUCAUUACUUUUUUCAUCACCACCACCAAAGCGGGAGAACUGAAAAAGAGCAGAUUUGCGUUCAAGAGCUGGGAAGUGGCACCAACGAAGAAUAAUAAUUCCUUUCGAGAAAUUGAGAAAUUUGAUUUCCAGCCCGAACUCCCCAACAGUUUGUUGUCUUUAUCCAAUGCUUUCUACCACGAUUCCCAUUUCCAAAAUAGCAUUUGGUUCAUUCAAGAUUUCGAUAUCGAAAAAUCUGGCGAAAAUGAAUUGAGAUAUCACAUUCUAUGGAAAUCCAACACCAGCUCUAUGCUUGUUUCAUAUACCAUUGAUUUCACCACUGGUGAAGUGAAUAAAGUGGACUUGUCGCAGCCUCCAGCUCAUGUAGAGGAGGAAGAAAUAUCCGUAUAUCAUGAUUCCGACUACUACCAAAGAAGAAUAUUUGCUUCGGGCAAGUUUGACAACUUGAUCGUUUCCACCUCGUUGACGAUUCUACGCCAGCACUUGAAAGCAUCAUCGCCGGAAGCUGACCAUAACAACACAGCUCCUCCUCCUCCUCAUCUUCUUCGAACUGAAGCCAACCAGUUGAUUUCAUCCAACUCGCCGUCAGGAUCAACGAAACGUUUAUGGUUCAAGCUCUUGUCGUUAUGUGAAGAGUUUGCAAAACUAAGCCAGGAGGCCUUUUCGGUCAUUUUGUUCAAAGACCGGGUGGUGACCGCCCAGGCAAACGGGUACGGGAUCUUCAGACCCUCCAGUUACUAUGAGUCGAUAAGCUACAAGGACUUGGAAAGCCCCGAUGGGAAAUUGACGCGUAUUUUUGACAAGUUCAAAACUGUCUUCUCUGCAAAAUCUUACCACCGGUUACACGACUCCUUGUUAAAGACUAAAAGUCCGAUAGAUGUGCAUGCGUUCAACGACUUGUUCCAAAAUUUCCUUUCGAAAAAAUUGUCAGAUAACGAGAUUCAAGUCAUCUUGCAGGAUUUGAGUGAGAUACCUGGGGUGUUGGAUAUCAUCAAGUCUUUGAUUCCCGACCCCGACUUUCUGUUGGUUGAAAACCUCGCGACAAUUUCAAAGUUGGGGGAUUUUUUGAAAUUGGCGUCGUUUGAAACUAUAAAGAACAUAUCUUCCCAGCAUUGCGCUUUCUUGUUAGACUUGACUGUGUUGCUUCUUGUAUGCGAAGCCAACGAGGAGAUUUUAAAGAUUUUAAACAGUGCUGUUGAAAGUAUAAAAAGUUUCAGUGUUGCAGACACCAUCUUUGAUACCUGCUUCACGUCAGACACUAGUGAUGCCCCGAUUGAAGUAAGCGGACUUAGCAACCCAAAUUAUUCGUUAUUUUGGUCGGUUUUUGUCUCGCGAAACAAGGACAUGUCGCAAUUGUUGAACAAGUUGAAAACAAACGAGGCCUAUGACUACUUCUACAAUGACAUAUUGUCAGGAAGCAAUCGCUUUCUCACAGAUGCAGUGAUUGAGCUCAUCAACCACAAGCAGGGCAAGUACUUGCAACAGUAUUUCUGCGACAAGUUGGACCCGUCCAACGUGGGUGAAAAUUUUUUACUCGGCUUUAUCCAAUUACUCACCGCUGAUCCACAAGGUUUUGCCGCCACUUUUGCAAACUAUGACCAAGUCGAGCAUCUCAACGUCAAGUGCUUGCAAGGGUUGAAGCAAAAUGGAGAUUUUGCUAAUUUUUUGGAAACUUUCGAUAGCUUCCCCACGAAAUCAGAAUACUACCACGCCUUGUCUGUCUUGGCCUUGAGUCCAUUACAAAAGGAGUCUCGUUUCGCACUUGAAGUCGAAAGGGAAUACAUUGGAACAGCAUUGCACUUUGAACAAUUGGCGAUUGACAACACGGAUCUCCAAUCCGCGGUGGAAGAAUACUACUUGAACAUAUAUGACUUGGCGCUGCAGAUUUCAGACUACCAGUUGACUAUAACAUCGCUAAUAAAGCUAGAGAAAACGAGGCAGUUUGAGUCGUUGCUCACGAAAUUCAUCCAAAAGAUCAUCCAGGAGCUGAAGAUCAAAUUGAUAGUCUUGACCCCGGGCGGUGAAACUAGCACAUUUUUCCGUAACCACUACAGCGUAGUUGCUUCCAUCAUUGCUGAAUACGCGUCUGAGCAACCGCUAGUCCAGUCAUUGAAAAUAUACAAGUACUUGUACUCGUGGAAACUAUUUGGUUGCGUUGAAUCCGAGUUGGAGUUGGGGGAUAAACGAGGUGCCGUUGAGGCAUUGUAUGAAUACAUUGUGCGGUUCAAGGAUCAGUCGCUAACCAUAGAGAAGAAGGCCAAGUUGGAGAUCUUGGAGCUUUACAUGAUCAUUUUGAACUGUAUAAAGACGUUCCCCGAUGAGGAUCAAUGGCUAGUCAAGCGCUUGCAAAAUGGAAGAGAAGUGGUUGAGAUUAAACAACUCAAGAUCGAAUACUACGAAUGGAUGAAAAAAUUGGACGAUGACUUGUCUAUUUUGUACUGA